GGGGACGCUCGGAUGGCGGCGCAGGCAACCUCCGGAGUCGCAGGCGAUCAGUCAGUCGACGCUGGAGCUACUCAAACGGGAGAAGGCGAACUGACAGCAACUCCACAGGUUCCAGAAGACAUCAAGCCUCUCUUCUUCACGACCACCACCCAGCAGAUAUUUGAAUGCACUGUGGACACAGACGUAACGAGAGAAAAUCCUUGGAAAUUGAUAAAGAAGGAGAAGAUCUUGGAAGACUUUAAAAUGCGUGCUGCCAUAUCAGAUUUUCAUCCCGCCAAGCAAAUUAUUCUAAAUUACCCAGCAGAAGAAUUGUUGGUAGUGUACGAUGAUGCAUAUCAAUACGGUCAAAAUUUCUAUUUGUGCAUCAGCGAAGAAGCCAAAGAACGAGUUAUGAAUCCUCCUGUGGAAGAGGGAAAGGAAGAAGGAGGUGUGGACGAGGCUGAAGAGGAAGCACCGUUACAACCACCAGUUUCAGAGCGACCAAUAAAGCCAUGGAUUUCACUCGGAAGUGAGAAAGAGAUAGAAGAAGAGCGAACUGUGGACAACAGACCACUGGUUUCAUACAUCUUUUCAAGAAGACGAAAACACUUUGGUCACCCAGUACUGUUUACAGACAUGAACGCUAGUAACCAUCGUGAACAAUAUGUUGAGUACCUAUCAUACGAGGAGCACAACUAUGACUUGCAACGAUUAGAGAAAGACAUAGGCGUACAGGCUGUGGUUGAAGUGACUGAAAAUUACAGCCAGACAACAUGGGCUGUGCCACGAAAUGCAUCAACCCAGUAUGCUCCACGUGUGAUGACCAAUUCAGACAUGCAGAAGGCAAUGGAAUCGGAGGAAGUUCUAAGCCUUUGUCAGUCUGUCCUGCAAAGUGUUGAAUCAGCUCUCCAGCAGAAUGUAAUCAUGGACGUUUUUGCUGACGAUUUUCAACAGCUGGCAGACGAGGAAACGACAUUUAGUAGUAAAUCAGACAGUUCACUGAAGGAAUAUCAAUCAUUUACAGACCUACAAUUCAGCAAGGACAAAACCAUCACAUGCAUCGAGUGGCAUCCAACAGUAAAAGGCGUUGUUGCCGUGUCUUGUGCUGAACGAUUGUCAUUCGAUGAAAGAAUCAAUCAGUCGUCAUAUCUCAUCACACAACCAUCUCUCGUUCUGAUCUGGAGUUUUACCGACCCCAUACACCCACAAAUCAUGUUGGAGGCACCCGACGACAUCUUCAUAUUCAAGUUCAAUCCUACUAAUCCCAACUACAUUGCAGGCGGUUGUCUUAACGGACAGGUCGUGCUGUGGGAUAUUUCGGCUCACGAGGAUCGUCUUCGUAGUCAAAAAGAGAGCGGACACAGCGACAAGAGCAAGACAGCUACAUUGUUGGAUGACGAGAAGCCUGAACAUGCUCCGAUCAUUCGCUAUUGUGCUGUUUCCAGUAUCGAGCACGGGCACACUAUGUGUAUUGAAGAUCUUCAAUGGCUUCCUGAUCACAUGGAGCUGACUAGAAUGGGGGACGUUUUGGAGAACCAACAAAACUACUGCAAUCAGCUUAUGACAUGUGCAACAGAUGGACAUGUUAUGAUUUGGGACACUCGUCCCCUCCAAAGAAAAAGAAUGAAAAGGAGCCUGUCAAUGUGCGUCCCCUCCACCCAGCAUCAGUACCAACAACUCAAAUAUCUAGACCUCGUUUGGAGGCCAAUGAUUAAGAUUCCAUUACCAAAAGGUCGGGGCAAUGCAGAAUUCCCUGCAGUGAGUUUCAGUAUACGAGAGAGGCAGCAGGGACCACUGUGGGGAUUGAAAGUAAGAGUUGCUGCCAGUACCAGCAGCAUCAAAACAUUCCCUGCAAAGCAGCCAGAGAAAAUAGCUGAAGAGCCAGAGAAACCAGGAGAGAAGUCGACUUCCGAGGUUACGCCACUGGAUCAUGUCAGCACAAAGUUCUAUGUUGGCACUGAGGAUGGUGAAGUUGUGUAUAUCAGUUGGAAAAUGGAAAAAGAUCCCGAGUCGGGUCAACCAGUAGCAUCUCAACCCCUACAUUCAAUGUCCCCUCACUGUGGAACGGUUCGCUGUGUUCAACGUUCACCAUUCUUCAACGACAUCUUGUUGACUGUUGGAGGAUGGGAUUUCUGUAUCUGGAAAGAAGGCGUAAAUAAUGGUCCCCUUCUGAAAUCAACAUCAGCUCCCGUGCAACUGACUGGUGGUCACUGGAGUCCAUCUAGAGCAGGUGUCUUCUUCAUUGCUCGAGCUGAUGGAAACAUUGAGGUGUGGGACUUCUUAGACAGAUCACAUGAACCAUCAAAGAUGCAAAAUGUCAGUGCCGCUUCAAUCACAUCCAUCUAUCCAUUCCAGUUAUCAGCAAAGCAGCAGUUACUCGCUGUUGGCGAUCGCUUGGGGACAUUACACAUUGUUGAAAUACCGUGGAGUUACAGACAUGCUGCAUCAAGCGAGGUUUCAUCUGUGGAGGGAUUUUUCGACCGAGAGGUAAAGCGGCUGCAGUAUUUUGACGAGAGAGCAAGGAACCGGAAUAUCCGCCAACCUGACGUUGCUAUAGUGUCGGCUGGCGAUGAGAAAGAAGCAGCUCAGAAGGAAUAUGAUGCAUAUUUGGAAACGGAACAUAAACUGCUUGUUCAGCUGGGUUUGCGUGAAGAAAAACCUGAUGAUUAGAGUUGUCGACACUAACUACAUACACACAUGGGUAUGAAGGUGAUUCUGGUACUUGCUGUAAAUUGGCAUAGGUGGGUGACUUGUCACUCCAUCUUUGCAAGCCUUUAUGAUGUCUCGUUGUUUGAGGCUUAUAUAUACAUUUGUAGAGUCUAAGAUAUUAAAGUUGACAGGGGACCGAAGGAAUGUAUAUGAUAGCUAAUACAUGUAUUGGC